AUGAUCGUCAACAGUCGCGCCGAGUCUUCCGGCUCGUAUCCGUUCCAGUCUUCGGCAGAAUCAUUCGCCAACAUCGUCCAGGAGUCGUCACCUGGAUAUGGGGACCUGGUUGCGAGUGGCGGAGGAUAUGGUGACGUUGACGCUGACGCUGAUGCCGAUCCGGACCAGAUGCUUAAUUAUGCCGCGGGAAAGGAAGUCACUGUUCUCAAAGACGACGCUUAUUCGAGGAUCAAACAUGGACUAGGAGCGGAUGACAACCACGUUCUGGUUAUUGACAGAUGCGGAAGACUCGCGUAUCAAAUCAUAAAUCCUUGGAGCUUAAUACAAUUUCCGUACGUAAAAGCAGCCAUUUUAUCGACAUAUCAUGAUGAACCAUGUGGAACCUGCAAGAUACAAAUACCUGAUGAAACGACUUUGCGUCAAAAUAACACUUCUGAAGAGCCUGUAACGAAAGAAAUUCCUACAAUUUCAAGCGAUUUUCUAGAAUCUCAAAUAAAUUUUACUUUAAAUGAGACUUUGAAGCAAGAUGCAAUGAAUAAUUCAAAUUCAGGAGUAUUUAUACUCAAUGAAGAAGGUUCUGAAAUCAACUUGACGCAACAAGUUGAUCAAGAACCUAUAUCAAGAUCAACUGUAUAUGAAGAAGAUUCCACAUCUGAUAUUUUUGAUAGUACAAGUACAACAAUAGAUCAUUUCGAAAAUGAUAAAAGUAUGGAAAGUACUACAUUCGACACGGAUGACGGAAAUAAUAACAAUCACAAAUACUUGACAAUAGCACGUAUUUAG